GUGCUGUGCUCUCGGGUUGGCAUUCCUUGCAAUAAGUUGUUUAUGUCUGGCAUUUAAUAGGAGCAGAGAGUGACUGAUUAUUUGUCUAUUUUCUCUGCAUUUUUAAGUUUACGGCAGGUGUGCUUUUAUUUUAGAGCAGCCUAUCCGCCUACGCUGCGCUGGAAGAACGCAUUUUGCGGCUUUCUGUUCUUCUGAACACAUUUUUCGCUUGGAAUGCGACCGCUCCGGAGCUGAUGCUGUAAUGGACGACGGUUGACCAUUCACAGUUGACAAUAAUUUUGCGUGCGUGUGUGACUUGAAUGUUCAUUUAAGAUGAAUAUAAGAAACUGCCAGGUAGUGUUUGUGUGCUUAUUAGCACUGCAGCCCGGAGCUCCAGCAGACAAUCUGCAACCUCCAAGGCUCAUUUCUCAGCCAGCACCCAGCAGCAUUGUCAGCGAGGGGAGGACAAAAAUAUGGCAAUGCCAAGCUCAAGGCAAUCCCCGACCGGAAUUCAGGUGGUUCAAAGACGGCCACCCUUUGACUGAUUUUUUAUCCGAGCAUUACUACAAGAUUCUAAGUGUUAGAAGAGAAGAUGCUGGAAACUACAGCUGUGUAGCUAAAAAUGAAUUUGGAGCUAUUUUUAGCAACAAGGAGGACAUGUCUGUUGCUUACAUGGGCCAGUUUGAAGAUGUUGAGGAGAAAACUCAGGUCGUCCAAUACGGCGAUGCAGCCAUUUUGGACCUACCCCUCAUUGAAAGCCACCCAAAACCUUCAGUCACCUGGCAGAUUGACAAUGCACCUAUGCCUUAUGACCAGAAAUAUGUUUCUACUCUGCAAAACCAGCUUGUGAUUUUGUCAGUGAACGAGGGAGAUGAAAAAGCCUAUCGUGUCAGAGCUACAAACACGCAGCUGGGCAAGGAGGAAAACAGUGCCUUCAUCAGACUGGUUGUCGACAAGGACAGCCUUCCAAAGCAAUAUAACGAGGACAGUGAAGACAAUGACCAUCCUGCCAUUAUCAUUGGUCCGUCCGAUUUGCGCGUUAUCAAGGGCCACAGUUCCGCCGAUCUGGAAUGCAUCGCCAACUCACGAAAUCUGCACAAGUUGAGCACAACCUGGCACAAGGACGGCAUUCCGCUAGAAAACGCGGGCAUCGAGUACAUUCUCAAUGACGUUGUCUGGAACAGAUCUCUGUCACUCCUAAACAUUGAGCCCGGACACAGUGGAAAAUACGUCUGCAAAGCUGUCCUCCGGAGUGACAGAGGAAACCAACCCAUUGAGGUGGAAGCCAGUGCGACUAUUACGGUGCUAGAAAAACCUGUGUUCAUCAACAGCCUUCGUCCUGAAUUCAACAGCGAUUUCGCUUCGUCCUUAGUAAUCCCCUGUAAUGCAGUGGGUGUGCCAACGCCCAAAAUUACAUGGUACCGCAACAUAGAGCCCCUCAGCGUCCAAAUGGACUCGCGUUAUGAAAUCCAAGAUGAUGGGUCUUUGGAGAUCAAAAGCGUUGCCGUUGAAGAUGCAGGCGUGUUCCAGUGUCUUGCUACAAACGAGGCUGGAGAGGUUUCCAUGUCCACCUGGCUGAGAGUGAAAACGUCAGCACCAGUUAUUUCAACGCCUCCUACCAAUGUGACAAUAAUUGCUGGAAAAGAUGCCAAGAUAACCUGCAGAGCAAAAGGUGCUCCUGCUCCAACCACCACUUGGAAAUUGAGUGAUGGUGAAAUUCUGCAUGGAACGAUUGACAGAUUUUCCAUUCUUGAGUCAGGCGAUCUGACUAUUUCUGCGGUGCAAAGUACCGAUGCUGGGGAGUUUACAUGCAUACAAACUAAUGAUGCAGGCAAAAGUGAGGAAUCGGCGUGGCUUGGUGUGCUUGUUCAACCACAGAUUAUUCAGCCACCAGUUGACACGAAAAUAAUUCUUGGACACACUGCCACCUUCCAAUGUAAAGUAUCAAGUGACCAUUCUCUACCUUUCACCAUCACUUGGAAGAAAAAUGGACAGUUAAUUGACACUUACAAAACCUCAAGAAUUCAACAAACAGAAAAUGGGACGCUAGAAAUAAAGGAGGUUCGAGCAGCUGACGUUGGAGAGUACACUUGUCUGCUGAAUACUAGUGGCGGAAAUGAGCUUCGAUCCGCAAAGCUGGAAGUUAUUGAGUUGCCCUACGCUCCUAGCGCAGUUAGUGCUUACAGAAUGGACAACUCCAAGAAGGUGAAUGUAUCUUGGACAGCUGGCUUUGACGGAAACAGCCCAAUUAUGAAGUACAUUGUGCAGAAACGAGAAGUUUUAAACAAUGCUGAUCUGCUUCCUCUGACUCCCCUCUCAUGGUACACCGAGUUGGCUAACAUAAGUGCCACAGCCCGCUGGGUAGUUUUGCCGUUCUUGAAGGCAGCUGCGUCGUACCAAUUCAGGGUCAGUGCUGUCAACAAUGUGGGCGAAGGGAACCCUUCUGAACCGAGUGAAAUCGUCGCCCUGCCUCAAGAGCGUCCCUCUGGCCCUCCCCAGGGUUUGGUCGGUUCUGCUAGGUCGGCUUCUGAGAUCAUAAUCCAGUGGCAGCAGCCAAUUGAGAAGCACCAUAAUGGCAUUUUAUUAGGUUACAUGAUAAGAUACCGACUCUAUGGCUACAACGACAGCCCUUGGUCUUACCGCAAUGUCACCAAUGAGGCUCAGAGGAAUUACUUGAUCCAGGAGCUGAUCACCUGGAAGGAUUAUGAAAUCCAGGUGGCAGCUUACAAUGACAAAGGCAUCGGUAUUUACUCCGAUAGCAUUAAGUUGAAGACCAAAGAAGGAGUGCCGGAUGCCGCCCCAAGCAAAGUCAGGACCAAACCGUUGAACUCGACUGCUGUCCAGGUUUGGUGGACGCCGCCAGAUCCUCAAAAAAUCAAUGGUAUUAACCAAGGCUACAAACUGCAAGCAUGGAGAGACAAAAUCAGCGAAACAGACCACAUCAUUAAGACUGUUCCACCUAAUUUGUUGGACCCCCUCGCAGAGCAGACGACCAUUUUGGAAAAUUUGGACAAAUAUGCUCUCUACGAAAUCACUGUGCUCUGUUUCACUGAUCCUGGAGAUGGCGAUCAAAGUGCGCCUAUCCAGGUUCACACCUUGGAAGAUACUCCUGGUCCGGUGGCCAGGUUCCAAUUUGAUGAAGUGAGUGACCGAGCGGUCACUGUGUCCUGGGGAGUUCCGCCUUAUCCCAAUGGCGUGUUGAUUGGCUACAUGCUAAAAUAUAGGAUCAAGGGCAUGCCCGAUUCGCAGAGAGUUCUAGAAUUGCCUGACAACGCCACUUCAACUAGAAUCGAAGGACUGCAGGCCACUACUCACUACAAAUUUGAAAUCGCCGCCAAAACCUCUAAAGGAUUUGGAGAAGCUGUCUCCGCGGUCAUCCAAUCUGGCAUCGAACCUGUCUUGCCGACUGCGCCAACCCAUUUGGGCGUCACCAACAUAGAGGCAUUUUCAGUCAUGCUGCAGUUCACUCCAGGCUUUGAUGGGAAUUCUUCAAUCACCAAGUGGAUUGUUGAAGGCCAAACUUCGAGGGCGACUACUUGGAGCGUUUUGCAAGAAGUUUCCGAUCCAGAAGCCAGCACAAUUUUUGUCAACACGCUGUUGCCGUUCAUGCAGUACAAGUUGCGAGUGACGGCUGUCAACGUCGUUGGUGCCUCUCCUCCCUCUGAGCCGACCAAAGACUUUCAAACAAUCCAAGCACCUCCCAAACAUGCACCAAAAAACGUCACAGUGAGGGCUGUAAGCGCAACUGAACUGAGAGUUCGUUGGAUUCCGUUGCACCAACUUGAGUGGUUUGGCAAUCCCCGUGGAUACAACAUCACAUGCUUAACAUUUGAUGGAUUAUCCAAAUCCUUCAUCAUUGAGGAUCACACUGCCAAUUCUUAUGUGCUGUCUCACUUGGAGGAAUUCACUGAAUACUCUGUCAUCAUGAGUGCGUUCAACGACGUCGGUGCUUCUGGCAUAAGUCCUCCAGCUAGAGAAAGAACUAGAGAGUCAGUUCCCUCCUCUGGGCCCAGUUCUGUGGAGGCCAACGCGACGUCAUCUACCACGAUUGUGGUCAAAUGGGGAGAUGUGACGAAAGGAAACGAAAAUGGCAUAAUUGAAGGCUACAAAGUCUUUUAUGGAGCCCCACCUUCAGUGCCAUUCAAGAACAAAGUGAUCCCCAACAAUCAUACGCACACAACAACUUUGAUAGAGCUGAAGAAAUUCAUUACUUACCAAGUGCAAGUUCUCGCUUACACCAGACUCGGCGAUGGAGUGCUCAGCAUGCCGCCAGCUACUGUCACCACAUUUGAAGACACUCCUGGACCACCGUCUAAUGUAUCAUUCCCAGAGGUGACGUACACUUCAGCAAGAAUACUGUGGGACGUGCCAGAAGACCCCAACGGCAUAAUCUUGGCGUACAAAGUGUCUUACUACUCUGAGAACAACACAAACGUUAAUUUCUCCAAAGACUUUCCUCAGUCCGACCGCACCCACAAAUUCCGAGACCUUGACCCAGAGGGGAACUACAUGUUUCUGGUGCGAGCCCAGACUCGCCUCGGGUGGGGGAAAAUAGCCUACGUUCCCGUCACCACGACUAGCAGCCGUGAUCCGCCUCAGGCGCCAUCGGUGCCGCUGAUCAGCCGCAGCCAGGUGCAGAGCGAGCAAAUCAUCUUCAGCUGGACGCCAGGCAAUAACGGAUUCGCACCGCUGCGCUACUACACGGUGCAGAAGGCCGAGGGCGUUGACGGGCCCUGGGUCACAGUGGGCAAGCGGGUUGACCCUCAGCUGACCCAGUAUACAGUCACCAACCUCAAGCCUUUCAGCACAUACAGAUUCCGCAUCCAAGCGACCAAUGAUCUCGGUCCAAGCAGCUGGAGUACACCCUCGGACCUUGUGAAAACGCUGCCCGCCGCCCCAAGCGUGGGGGUGAAAGGGUUGAAGGUUGUCCCAAUCACAACCACCAGCGUCAAGUUGCAGUGGGAUCCAAUUCAAAUUGAAUACUGGAGCGGAGAUUAUCAGACGGGUGGAUACAGAAUCAUGUACCAACAGAUGGCUCACUAUCCUAGCGCAAUGCAGUCGUCCAGCAUUUCGGUGCCAGGAGUUCCGACAAAAGAAGCGAUUUUAGAUAAUUUGCAGAAGGACGUCACUUAUGAGAUCAUCGUCAUUCCUUACAACUCGCAAGGCUUGGGCCCUGCUUCAACACCUGCUACUGUCUAUGUUGGAGAAGCAGUUCCCACCGGUAAACCUAGGGACCUCAAGGCUGAAGCUGUUUCUCCUACAGAAGUGCGUCUGAACUGGAAACCACCUCCACAAGGGCAGCAAAAUGGAGAUCUUCUUGGCUACAAAAUUUACUACGUUAUGACCUGCCAACCCGCCCUGGAGGACACGAAAGACUUCAAUAAGCAUGUGAUCGCUGAACAAGAAUUGGAGGUCGUGGCAGCCCCAAGCACUAGCCAUAGCCUUGUGUUUCUGGACCAGUUUACCACAUAUCAAAUCACCAUCGUUGCCUUCAACCCAGCAGGAGAUGGACCUCCGUCCACUGCUGUGACUGUCACAACUCUUCAAGGCUUGCCUGGACCUCCGGCGAAUCUGACUUUUGUUGACAUCACUAUGACUAGCAUUAUGGUCACAUGGGAUCCACCUGUGAAUCGAAACGGGAAAAUCAUGGGCUACGUUGUAACCUAUGAAACAACUGAGAAUAAUGAUCGUUUUACAAAACAAGUGAAGCAGAAGGUGUCGAACGCCACGUCUCUGUUUGUUCAGGGCCUGGAAGAAGAGGUUGCAUACACAUUCACCGUCAGGGCUUCGACUUUCGAUUAUGGUCCAGCUGCGGCUGCAAACGUGACCACUGGACCACAGGACGGAUCUCCUGCGUCUGUCGGGAAUUUGAAGUUGGCGAGAACAGAAACGGCAUUUGUUUUAUCCUGGGAGAAUGGCGCUUUCGGGAAGCAAGCUAUUGGUGGUUACUACAUCGAAAGUCAAAGAAAAGAGGAUACUCGUUGGCAGCUUGUUGAAAAAACUUUUAGAGGUGCUGAGACGCAGUUCACCGUCUCAUAUCAGAGUUUGCUGUACUCCACUCUGUACAGAUUCAGGGUCAUCGCGUACAACAGUUUCGGAGUUAGCUACCCAACCUACAUCAAAGACGGCGUCAUUACACCUUCAAAACUGUAUCUUGACUAUGGAUAUCUCAAGCGUCCCUUCUAUCUUCAAUCUUGGUUUGGUGUGGUCAUGGCCUCUGGCUCUAUCGUCUUUAUUGUCGCAUUGGUAGCUUACCUCUGCGUGAAAAGCAAGAGCUACAAAUACAAACACGGGGCGCAAAAUAAUUUUGAGAAAUCCAUCAAGGGUGAUGGUGAUGACCUGAACGAUCCUUCCAUGGAAAUGUCGACAGACGUGCCAUAUCAAACAUACUCGCAGAGCCUCCUUGGCUCGAACAGAGGUGGAAGGAGCCGCGCGAGUGCUGUCUUUGGGAAAACUCCGCCUCGCCCACGACCAGCCAGCGUUGCUUAUAACAGCGACGAUGACAGCGUCAAGGGCUAUGAUGAAAAUCCAGACGACAGCAGUGUCACUGAAAAGCCAUCAGAACUGAGCUCAACUGAUUCACAGGAAACUGAGAGCGACAACGACAGUGAGGGCACUCCUCCGCCAUCUUUUGUGAAUCACUACGCCAACAUUAACGACUCUCUGGGGCAAUCGUGGAAGCGGCACAAGCCGGCGACCCGCAACUACUCAAGCUACACAGACUCGGAGCCAGAGCCGUACAUCUCGAGUCAGCCGAGAGGCCCAGACUACGAGGCGUCGGCUUCAUCUUCUGCAGCGGCGGCGGCUACGGUACUUAAUGGCGCUCAAAUCGUCAUGAGCAACAAAGCCAGAUCGAGGGCACCUCUGCCUGGUUUUUCGUCCUUUGUGUAAUGUUGUUCAUUAGAUCUGCUAGACUUUGCUGGAGUGGAUAGUCUCACACUGAAAGUGCUCUUAUAUAUAAAUGCCUUACAACCGUGCGCAUUCGCAAUCUGAAUCUCAUCCAGAGCUUUUGUUCAAUAAUGCAUUUUUCUCGCCUAGUAAUCAAUGUGAUCUCUUAAAAUGUGAAAUUUAACUUAAUAAAAACGCGCACGGUUUUUAUCACGCGAAAAUGCAGCUUAAUGUUGACGUGUCUUCUUCCCUGACUCUGUCCUCCUUUAACCAAAUACGCGAUGUUGACUUAAAUAACAACAUUCCGUCCUUUUUCCCUCGAACCUGCAUUUCGUAGUUGUCGCAAUAUUAGCGUUUAAUUUUAAUAAUCACCGACUGAGGCAGCUAUUUAUGCUAUCAAAGUGUAAUUGUAUUUUUAUUGAACCUACGCGCGGCCAUGGCUAAUGUACUUUUGUAUUGUCGUUUUAAUGUUUAUAGAUGCAAAUAGAUAUCUAAUUUCUUUAUAAAUAAAA